AUGAAAAACAGCUCAUCAAUGUUAAAAGGAGUUAAAUCAUUUAUUGGUAGUGGAAUUUAUACAAACAAACCAAUAUAUGAUGUAGCAAUUGUUGGUGGGGGUAUAGUUGGAUUAGCAACAGGUAGAGAAUUAUUAAAGAGGAAUCCAAAAUUAAAAAUUGUAAUACUUGAAAAGGAGAAUGAAAUUGCACCACAUCAAUCAUCACAUAAUAGUGGUGUAAUUCAUUGUGGAAUUUAUUAUAAACCAGGAUCAUUAAGAGCUAAACUUUGUACAAAAGGUUCAAAGUUAAUGUAUGACUAUUGUAAUGAAAAUCAAAUAAACUAUGAAAAUUGUGGUAAAUUAAUUGUUGCAACUAAAAAAGAAGAAUUUCAACAAUUAGAACAACUCUAUAAAAGAGGUAUUGAAAAUGGUGUACCAAAUAUAAAACUAUUAGAAUCAAAAGAACAACUAUUAUCAAUUGAACCAUUUAUAAAUGGUGGUUUACGUGCAAUUCAUACACCAUCAACUGGAAUCAUUGAUUAUAAAGAAGUCUCAAAAUCAUUUGGUAAUGAUAUUACUGAAAAGUUUGGAAAAGAUUCAAAAUCUGAAAUUAAAUUAAAUUUUAAUGCAAAAAAUUUUAAAUAUAAUUCAAAUGAUAAAUUAUUAUUAAUUUCAACUGGUGAUGAUGAUGAUGAUGAAGAACAACAACAAUCAAUUUUAACCAAAUAUUCAAUUGUAUGUGGUGGCAUGAAUAGUGAUAGAAUUGCAAAAGUUGCAUAUGGUAAUGAUGAACCAUCGAUUGUACCAUUUCGAGGUAGUUUUUUACAAUUUAAACCAGAAUUUAGACAUUUGAUUAAAGGUAAUGUUUAUCCAUUACCAAAUGCUUCAUUCCCAUUUUUAGGUGUUCAUUUCACAAAGAGGAUUAAUGGUGAAGUUUGGUUAGGUCCAAAUGCGGUAUUAUCAUUCGACAGAGAGGGAUACAAAUUCACAGAUUUCAAUCUACACGAUACUAUUGAUUUAAUUAAAAAUCCUGGUUUAUUUAAAUUGGCCAAAAAACAUUGGAAAUAUGGCUUAGGUGAAUUGUAUAGAGAUUUUAAUAAAGAUCAUUUCAUUCAACUUUUAAAACCAUAUAUGCCAAAUAUCACCGUGGACAUGUUAGAAUAUGGAGGUAGUGGUGUUAGAAGUCAAGCAAUUUCGAAAUCUGGUGAUUUAAUUGAAGAUUUCAUUUUUGAUACACCAUCAGAUGUUCCAAUAAUACAUGUAAGAAAUUCACCUUCUCCUGCUGCAACCUCUUCACUUGCAAUUGCAAUUGAAAUUGUAGAUUUAGCUCAAAAUAAUUUUAAAAAUUUAAAUUCUUUAUAA